AUGCGACCGCAAACCUCACUCUCGUACCUCCUCUCCCUCUUCGCCGCCGUUUCAUUAUCGCCUCUUGCCCUUGCGGAGAACAUAAUCGAGUCAAACUCGCUGAAUUCUUGCAAGAGUGGCUCCAAUUUCACAGCAACCCUGUUCAAUGUUGCAUACACGCCGUCCAACAGCAGCAUCAGCCUCAACAUUAAUGGUGUCUCGUCCAUUGUAGGAAAUGUAACGGCGCAGUUGGAGGUUAUUGCCUAUGGAUUCACCAUUCUCAACGAGACUCUCGACCCCUGUUCCAUGGAUCUUUCGGGCUUCUGUCCCAUGCAGACAGGUCAAAUCGACAUCCAGACAAAUAUCGACGUUCCGUCGGAUGUUGCCAAGCAAGUUCCUGGAAUCGCGUACAGUGUGCCAGAUCUGGACGGUGUGGUUCGUGUCUAUGUCACUUCUCUCGACACGGGUGAGGAGAUUGCUUGCAUGGAGGCUGAUCUCUCCAAUACCAAGAGUGUAUACCAUCCAGCUGUGGGCUGGGCCACGGCCGUUAUUGCCGGUCUGGGUCUUGUUGCCGCUGGUUUGACAUCUGGGCUCGGUCAUCCUAACACUGCUGCUCAUGUUGCUGCUAACGCUGUGUCGCUCUUUGGCUUUUUCCAAGCCCAAGCGGUCAUUGGCAUGACCUCUGUUACUAUGCCUCCGAUUGUGCAAUCCUGGACCCAGAACUUCCAGUGGAGCAUGGGUAUCAUCCGUGUUGGAUUUCUGCAGUCGAUUGCAACGUGGUAUCAGCGGGCCACUGGCGGAACUCCCACUACCUACCUUUCCACCCUCAGCACAUUUUCGGUCCAAGUGCAGAAACGCGCCAUCAAACGCUCUCUGGACGUCAUGACUACUUUUGCCGCCCAGAACCUCCGCUAUUUGGCCAAGCGUCAAAGCUCUGCAACCACCACUGCUGUCGCGAACGUCAAGGUCGUUCGUGGAAUCGAUAGAGUUGGUUUUAGGGCAGGAAUCGAACAGACCAACAUCUUCAUGACUGGUCUGAUAUUCUUCGUCUUCAUCCUAUUCUUAGUUGCUGUCUUGGUGGCCCUGACGAAGGUCGUUCUCGAUGGCUGCGCCAGAGCAGGGUGGAUGAAGUCUGAUAAAUUCCUCGAGUUCCGAAAUGGCUGGAAAAUUGUCAUCAAGGGUAUUCUUUUCCGAUUGGUUCUUCUCGGCUUCGUGCAGAUGUCCGUUCUCUGCUUAUGGGAACUGGUCGAGCGAGACUCGGCGGCUGAAGUUGUCUUGGCCUUGAUUGUCUUCAUUUCCAUGGCUGUCGCCUUGGGCUGGGCGUCCUUUAAGGUCAUUCAACUCGCAAAGAAAUCGGUUGCCAUGCACAAGAAUCCGGCCUACAUUCUCUAUUCUGACCCCGAAUGCCUCAACAAGUGGGGAUUCCUCUAUGUGCAAUACCGCGCCACCGCAUACUACUUUGUGGUGCCUCUCCUGGGCUACAUUCUGGUCAAGGCCAUCUUCAUCGCUUUUGCACAGAAAUCGCCCGUCGCUCAAGCCGUAGGCUUGGUCAUUGUCGAGGCGGUGGCACUGAUCGCUGUCAGCAUCCUGCGGCCCUUCAUGGACAAGAAAACCAACAUUUUUAACAUCUCUAUCGCCUCGGUCAAUUUCCUCAACGCCAUCUUCCUCCUCGUCUUUUCCAAUGCAUUCGGACAGCCGGAGAUGGUCUCGGGUGUCAUGGGCGUCAUCUUUGCCUUCUACAACGUCGUCUUUGCGGCCGUUUUGCUGAUCCUGGUGCUCAUUGCUUCCAUCUACGCCAUCGCGUCCAAGAAUCCAGAAAUCAGAUACCAGCCAAUGCGCGAUGAUCGAGGAAGUUUCAUCAAGUCCCAAGCUGCGCUCACUACCGAGUUGGACGCGCUAGGUGCCACUGCGAGAGGAGACGGCAAGAAUACGUACACCAACGACAAGGGAUACGAUGAUGAUGCUUCUUUCUCCAGCGACUCGCUGAAACAUCAAUCUGAAAUCUCACAACGACCCAUGUCCCAAACCAACGCGGCCAACCCUCAGCAAGACUUUAACACACCAAUGUAUCCCAGCGACCAGCCGGGACGACGUGGUCCUCCGCAGUCGUAUGAACAACGACAAAUGUACAACCAGGGCUACAACGCUGGUGGUGACUACGGAUACGGUGGGAGACCGACAACGACAUCCUCGCAGCCGUCUUUCGAUCGAAGCAUGAGCAGUCUCGCCAGUGGUGGCUACGGGCCCCCGCCUCCUCGUUCCGCCCAAAGCGGAUAUCCUCCGCAACAAGGUUUCCGGCAACAAAACAAUGCGAGUCCCUGGCAACGAGGGGCGGGAUAUGAGUGA